GCGCGUGGCGAACUACAACUCCCGGCAGUAUGUGCGGCGGGCGCCUACCGGCUUCCGGCCGGCCGGGUCUGCCCCGCGCGCGCGGCGGGACGGCGCGGAGCUGCAGAGCGCGGGGCCGCACGGAGCCGCCUCCCGGGCAUCCGCCGCCAUGCACAGAAAACACCUCCAGGAGAUCCCAUCCUCCAGCAGCAAUGUUUCCACCAGCUUCACCUGGGACUGGGACUCUAGCAAGACGUCGGAGUUUCUCUCUGGCAUGGGAGUGUCUGUCCUUAAGAAGGACAAGCUGGGCAAUGAAAACACGCCGCAGGACCUGGUGGUGUCAUCCUGUCCUCCUCAGAAACGGCAGAAGGUGAAGGAGAAGGAAAGAGACUUUGUCAUUGUGCGCCGGCCUCGGCUGCUCCGAGAGCCAGAGUCAGGUGUUUCUUGGGAUGCACUUCCAGAUGAAUUGCUUUUGGCAAUCUUUGCUUAUUUGCCCCUAUAUGAUUUGUUGAAAGUUUCCCAGAUUUGCAAGAGAUGGCAUCAUCUUUCGUUUGAUGAAUCUCUGUGGCAGACUCUUGAUCUGACUGGUAGAAAUCUGCUGCCAGGAGUGAUUGGACGGUUGCUGCCUGCAGGUGUUACUGUGUUCCGUUGCCCAAGAUCAUGUUUGUGGAAUCCGCUGUUUAAAACGAGCAAACCUCUCAAAGUUCAACAUAUGGAUUUGUCGAACUGCACAGUGUCUGUUGAAGAUCUCCAGAGUAUUCUUUGUUGGUGUGAAAGGCUGCAGAACCUCAGCUUGGAGGGACUAGUGCUUUCUGAUGACAUCAUCAAGAGUAUUGCUAAAAAUCCCAGUUUGAUCCGACUGAAUCUCUGUGGGUGCUCAGGGUUUUCUGCAGAAGCAUUGGAGCUGAUGUUGAGCAGCUGUUCUAUGUUGGAGGAGCUGAACUUGUCCUGGUGUGACUUCACAGCCACCCAUGUCAAAGCAGCAGUCAAUCAUGUUACUUCAAAAGUAAUUCAAUUAAAUUUAAGUGGAUACAGACAGAAUCUACAAAUGGCAGACGUUAAAACACUGGUGGAAAGAUGUCCUUUCCUCACCCAUUUAGAUCUAAGCGACAGUGUGAUGUUGAAGCCUAAGUGCUUCCAGUAUUUUCAUCAACUCAUCUUUCUAGAACAUCUGUGUCUUAGCCGAUGUUAUCAGAUAUCACCUGCUGCAUUAGUAGAACUUGGUGAAAUUCCAACAUUAAAGACUCUUCAGGUAUUUGGAAUAGUGACUGAUAGCUCUCUACAGCUUCUCAAGGAAACACUUCCUGACAUGAAGAUCAAUUGUUCACAUUUUACAACUAUUGCAAGGCCAACUGUUGGCAGUAAAAAGAACCAUGAGAUUUGGGGCAUCAAAUGCAGGUUGACGCUGACAAAUCCUAGUGGCUUAUGAUCACAUGUACAAUGUUCUGGAUGCAAUGGACACGCUGCGUGUAGUGAAGCUCCUUACAAAACAGAGUGCUGGAGCACCUUUAAUCAUAGUACUGUUUUUGUAAAAAGCAUUCUAAUUUCUUAGUGCCUUAAUGUAGUUUCAUAAAUAUUUUUACAGUAUUUUUUUACUUAAAGUCUUUAGGUGACCUGAUCUGAUGAUCUAUGAGCAAUUGCAGAAUUUUUCUCUAAGUCAUUUUUUUUACAGGAGAGCUUUUUUUUAAAAAAUAAAAUUAUGAAACAGUCAUGGUAAUUAAAUAGUGUCAACCUCUGGCAAUUGUUGCAGGUUCUGAUGGGGCUUUUGUUGCUCCAAGGUGUUCUUAAAGGUGUUUUUGGUUAACUCUUACCAGCAAUGAAACUCCUGAAAUAGCUUGUAGAGGUGCUAGAUAUAUUAUUAAGGGUUCUAAAAAAAAUGUCUUGGUCUGAGUUUACAGAACUCAAAAUUAAUCAUCAUAUUAAACCUAUUCAAAUCCUUAAUUGAACAAGAUGUACAGUAAGAUAAGAAGCUACCUGCUGUUUAGAGAGGAACAGAGGACGGAGUCUGAAUUCACCAAACCUGAAAACGGUAAAUUGUGGAAGGGAUGUCUACAUAAAAGCAGAUAAGAGACAACUCAGUACUGUACAAGUUAAGAUGUGGUAUAAAGGAGCUACACUGAAGUUUAACAGGUAACAUCUAUGUUUAGUAUUCUUCAUUGUUAGCAAAAUACAAUCUGAAAACCUCAGUCAGAACAAGGAUCUGUAAAAGUCGGUGCUGGCUAUCAAUUGUUUCAUGUCGUGGUGCUAGGUUUUCUGAUCAGGUAUUACAGAACCUCUAUGUAGCUUCUGUAAUCUUGAUAUCAGAUAAAACUUCUUUAAAAUAUUAUCUUAUUUCCUUUAAAGAGUAAUAUCUUUAAACUGCAACUGGUGAGUUGGCAGAAAUACUGCAGGAGGGCUCAAAUGCUUCUAGAUCUCAGACCAAAAAAAACACCUGGGACUGCAGCGUAAGAGCACUCAAAGGAAGAGAUACUUUGGUGCUAUUGACACCAGUUUCUCUUUUGGAAUAGCUUGUUUGUUGUAUCAUUUCACUUCUUGUACCUAUAACACUGACCACUACUGUUUAAUGUUGGUUUGGUUUUUUUUAAAGUCUCAUGGAAAGCUGAGUAGUUGUCCAAAACAAAACAAAACCAAGCCAAAAUAAACCCCAGCCAACAAUGAAAAAAACCAAAACCAAGCUAAGGAAAGGGAUGGGCAAUGACUUUAAAUAAAACUUUGAUCUGGGCCCUCAUGCAUAAACCCAGAAUGUUCCAGCAGGUGUGUUAGUUGAUUAAGUCCUAGGGCAGAACUUGCACCCUGCAUAGGGCAUGAGUGUGCAGCUGUUCCAUGAAUGGAAUAAGUGAGCAAGUGGUGAAUUUAAUCACAGAUGUUUUAGGUUACCCUACAGCAUUACUGUAUAGCUGUUGCCUAGUUAUAGUGUUCACCAUCACAGUCUGAAAGAGUUUGGGAAUAAAUCCCUGGUUGUACAGAUUACUUACUGUGGAAAGCUGUAUGAGUAUUAGUUUUAUAUUGAAUUCACUUUUCUAUAGUGUAGAAAAUACAGCACUAUCUCAUUAAUCUGUUCUAAAUUGUUUCAUUUUUUAUUAAACAGAGUGUAAUUAACACUUGAGUUGCUAAUGGGCUUUUGCCCCUUAGAGAGGAGUAAAUGGAAAACAUAUCUUAUGAAAGAUGGAGUGGAGAAGUGAUGGGAGGUUUGGGGAUACUGAAUAUUGGAGAUUCUACUGCUUCACAAUUUGCAGCCUUAGGUUUAUGCCUUAAAUUGCUUCAAGGAAAAAAAAAAAAUCUUUGCAGCACUAUUGUAAAUGCUUCUUCUCCCUUUGCACAAUGUAACACAAUACAACUUCUCUUGCAUUUAAUAAAGAUUAAGGAAUUGC